CACAGUGGUGGAUCUCUCUGAGGAGAUUGCAGUCAGAUUUUUUGAGUUAAGUCAGUACUACUACAGUGGCCACCCCACCUCUCAUCUGAUGUUAUGUAAGACAUUAGAGGACCCCACAUCAGUAACUUUCAAAGUCAUGGCUGCUACUUUGCUUCUCCUCACAAAGAAAAUGCAGAAAAAAGGGAACUUGUGAGUACUAUUAUUCAUUCUGGUGUCUCCUCUUUGACUCUGUUACAAAACCAAACACAAAACAACACACCAAAAAGGUUAGAGUACCCAUCACUUCAUCUUCCACCCAAAACCCUCCUCAAGCAAUCCCUAUCCCUCUAAGAUCCCAACAUAGUAGCUACACUUCAUGUUCCUCUCAAUUCUCUUCUUAAAUAUAGGAUCACUUACAUAACCCUCUUCAUAUAUAUUCUUACAUAUCUACUUUUUUCUCCUCUUUCUCUAUAAUUGUUCUUUUCCCUGAGGGUUUGUGAUUUGUGUUCCAAUGGAACAGGGUCAAUGUUGGACCAAGAGGAAGUACUCUUUGAGCUCUAAUCUUACUUCACCAACAAACCCUUCCUAUGGAGACUCAUGGGAAGAACAAGCUUUUGCAGAAGAUGCUGCUAAUUCUCUUGGUGGCUGCAUAUGGCCUCCGAGGUCAUACUCUUGUAGCUUUUGCAGAAGAGAGUUCAGAUCAGCACAGGCUCUAGGUGGCCACAUGAAUGUUCACAGAAGGGAUAGAGCAAGACUAAAGCAACAACCCUCUAGCCCCCACAAUGAAAUUCUAUGCCAUGACCUUGAAACUCAACUCCACAAGCCAGUUCAAAGUCCUUUUGCUUCUUUCGGUGGUUUCCUAUACCCUUCUCCAGUUUGUGGAUUGGCUCAUGAGAAAACUAACCCUAAUUCUGAUCUUGAUUUUGUUGCCUCACCUUCAUCAUCACCCUCUCCUUCCAAGGCCUUGUUAGCUCCGUCAGUUAAUGGUAGCAGCUGCAGAGAGGAAACCAUGAUUCCACUUUAUGAUUCCUCUAUUCUCCACAAGAUUUCUCCAGUCCAUAAUUCUUCUGAAUCAUGGCCAAAUUUAGCUGAAGAUCACAGAUUAUAUUCAUGUAAGUUCCACCCUCAAGCUGAUACUAAGAAACCCUCCAAGGGAAUAAUGGAUUCUAGGUGUAGGGGUAAUAAGAAGGGUAAUGAUGAUAGUGAUGGGGCUAUGAGCUGGAAUUCAGUUGUGUGUAGAACUCACACAUCUUCACAGUUUGAGAGUACUGAAGAGGCAGAUCAUAUCAUCAGUUGCAAGAAGAGGAAAACAGAUGCUUCCUCAACUCUAUUUCCCCCAAAGUCAAGCUCUGUUGAUAGACAUCAUAUGCAGCCAAAGAUGUUUGAACUUAACCCUAGCUCAAUGGAAGAGCUAGAUCUGGAGUUAAGGCUUGGUAACAGGUCCAAGGUAUAGUAAGUAGCAUAAAUAGAAAACCACCCCACUGUCAAUGAAUAUAAUUUCUUCAAAUUUCUUCUCUUUAUAUGUUCAUCCUAGUUUGUUUUCACUUGUUUUAAUACCUUACAAUUAAGGAAGCUUUUCAUCAUGUUUGAAUAUUGGAUCUCUUGAGGGCCUCAUAAUAUAUAUCUGCAAGGUGUCAUGAUAACAAUACUGCAAUUAUAUUGACAGGCUUGUAAACUUUCCUCCUAGUAGAUAGUGUCGCCAAACGGUGGAAUUGUCUUGAAUAAAAGCAGAUUACAUGACUUUGUAAUUCAUGGUUCCAUCGGUUUUUACUACGAUCUUAUCAAAGCUUUGAAUACUACAAAUAUUAAUUC